AUGCAGCAGGUGCUGAGUGUGCAGGUUCGGGCGUCUAGCGCGGGGAGCAAGUGGGUACAGGCAACAUCUAUGGACUCCAAGAUCCUGCUUGCCGGGCACGGGUGGCUCUGGGGCCGUAGAGGACGGCGCGUGGCCAUUUUCCGCAGUGUGGAUUGGCGCUCGAGGGGCCAAUACGCCCAUGCCAUGGACCCCAUGCAGCACCUGGGCGCGCUAUACGUGGACGACCGUGAGCAGCAGCGCAAGAACUGCUGCAUCGCGUGCAAGAUCGGCGACUUCAGGCUCAGCGCGGACGAGGUGCUGCGCGGCCGCCUACGACGCGAUGCCCAAUGUGGCGAAGGUGGCGCGCCAGGAGGCUCGCGCGUCAUCAUGCUCGUGCGCUUGCCGCUCAUAUUUGACGCGUCGUGCGCGUUCGACACGUUCUGCGCGAUGUUCGUGGCCAAGGACAUCAACGCGUACCCCUACGGGUCGCAGCGGUUUGCUCCGUUCGCCUGCUUGUUGCAGGACAGGCUGCUCAGCGUGGCAGCUUUAAUCCUCUCGCUGGCGGUGGCGUCGCCCUUGCGCUUGAACUUGUCCCGCGACGACAGCGAGUGGCGGCGAAACUCCGAGUGGACCAACGGCGACGCCUCGCUGUCGCUGAGCGCCCCCAUGACGCUCCGCGUCGAUGCUCUUGUGCUCGGCGAGCACCCCUACACAGCCGACAAGUUCGCCAUAGCGUACCAGCAGCUGGCCGAGACGAUCAAGGUGGGCGACACAGAGAUCGGCAUCCGCAAGGGCGUGAACCUGCCCGGCCUCAUCGUGGAGCUGCCGGCGCUGUCGGAGAAGGCCAAGCGCGACCUGGAAUGGGGCGUGGAGCUCGACAUCGACUUCAUCGCGGCGUCCUUCAUUUGCAAGGCCAGAGGCGUGCACGAGAUCCGCGCGUUCAACUUCGAGGAGAUCCUCGAGGCCUCGGGCGGCAUCAUGUGCGUGGAGGUGACCACCCAGCACGUUCUGGCGUACCAGAAGAUGGUGGCGAGCCGCUGCAACGCCGUGGGCAAGCCCAUGAAUGUAGCCACGCAGAUGCUCGAGUACACGCAGAACAACCUGCGCCCGACGCGCACCAAGGUCUCGGAGGUGGGCAGCGCCGUGGUGGACGGCGCCGACUGCGUCAUGCCUAGCGGCGAGUUGGUGGCCACCAUGAGCAUGGCCGUCAAGGAGACCAACGAGCUACUGCUGCAGCCCACGUACCGCGCCAAGUUCCGGUUCGACCUGCGCACGUCGACCGUCAAGACGGCCAAUGAGAUGCACGUGCAGCUCAUUUUUUGUGCUAACCUCCACGGGCUACACGGCGCGCAAGGUGACCAAGUACAAGCGCGCUUAAAUACGGUCGUGAGCUACGUGAUCCUCGCGGGCGAGGUUUACUUCGAGGAACCAACGGCGGCGAGCCGCAAGCAUGAGUUCGGCAUCCACCGUGACCAUGUCGUCUUCGACCAGAUCGUCGAGCUGAGCAGAGGCGCUGAUGAGCAGGCGUCCGAGCGAGGUCGUGCCGAGCCCGAUUCUAGCUUCUACUGUGGUCAUGGAGUCUUCACCCAAGUCGACAAGUUGGGCGAGGAUCGAAGGUCUGAGCGGAGCGACGUGGAGCCUGAGCACAGCCUCGAUAUCGCGAACCCUUCCAGCAUCUUCAACGGCACCAACGCUCCACGUGCCAACAUGGAGCCUCGUAUUGGUCAAGACAAAGAUAUAAGCGGACCUCAAGCGGAUCUCAAGCGCGCUUUGCUCCGACCGCUCCGCGGAGCCUCGUACCCGCGGCCGCAUGGCGUGCUGGACGUGGCCAAGCUGCCCAAGAACUUCGACUGGCGCAACGUCGACAACACCAACAACAUGACCAUCUCGCGCAACCUGCUCAUCCCGCACUAUUACAGCUCAUUCUGGUCCUUGCAAGCCACCGAAUGGGUUAGUGCGAUGGUAGUGGCGAUCUGA